AAAUCCAAAAAGGGCGGGGUUUAAAACCGACCGACAGGAAUCAUGGCGUCGUUGGUGGGUCGUCUCUCUCGGGCUGUUUACAUUAGAAAUACAGCUACAUUGGGUCGCAACGCUGGACCAAAGUCUGUGAAUGCGACAGGGACGACUCUCAGCCGAACCGCCGUGUCAUCCACAUCGGGGGCCAUUCUUCCCAAACCGGACAAGGUUCCGUUCGGACUGAUCCGCAUGACUGUGGUGGUGGUGCCGUUCCUUUAUGUCGGGACUUGGAUCAGCAAGUAUUUCGCUGCUCUGCUAGAGGAACACGAGAUUUUCGUCCCAGAUGAUGACGAUGAUGAUGACUGAGAAGCAGUCUGAAGAUCUUCGGGGUGCUGCAGGACUGCUGCAGAUGACAAGUACAUUUAUGCAAUAAUGAAGACCGCCAACAUGCACUUGUGUUUAUAUUUCUGCAUUACACUAACUCUUAUCCAGGAGCCAAAGCUUGAGUUUAUUUUUUAACUUUUGAAAUGUUGUCAGAGGGAAUAUCAUUUGAGGCUACCUUCACAUCACUAGCCUCUCGUCUAUUUAAUAAAGUGUCUGAAUGUUA